GCAAGGUUGACGGAAAGAAAAACUCGUGGUAGUAGAUGGAUGAAGCAUGGGUGAACCAAAAGAGAGAGAAAUGGCAUGACAGUAGAAAUCGCCUGUCCUUAUUCACGUCAACAGUAGGAUCUACUUAUAUGAGAGCAAAUGACAUUGCAGGGUCUUUUCGUGACAGUUGAAGCUGCUGUGUAGUGAGAUGGCCACGGUGGAAAACGGGUAUGUGGUGGACGGCGCCGCUCUAGUGGCUCCGGUAACAAGCCUAGAGUUCGUAGGAGAGGAAUAUCUGCUGACAGGUGAAGGACCAGUGCUUUCUGUGUAUAGUCUUCAUGGUCAACCCAAACUGUGCGCAUCACAGAAUGUGCUACAAAACUAUCGUAUCCAUGGAGUGAGACUUAGAGCGCUGGUGGACUGUGGGGUCGAGGAGCAGCACGAUGGGGCUGCACCAGGAGCGUGGGACAGAGGCGCUGAGCUCGCUGUGUUCGGAGGGAAGGGCCUGCGGCUCGUCACUCUAACAGGACAGGGAACCAUCCAGCUGAGUGGCCCACUUAUGGAGCUCCAAGACUGGCUGCUAGACGUGCGCUGGCUCGAUGAGGGGUCCGGUGCUUUACUGGGUGCCGUCCUGGCCCAUAAUGCCGCACUGCUGCUGGAGGCAAAGUCUGGCCACGUGGUGUGCUUACGCUCCUGCCAAGAAGUGUGUCUCCUCUACUCGGGCCUUCUGAUUGGCUCUCUCUGGGACUCUGCCGUGCUGGUCGGUGGGACCGUCUUCAACCAGCUGAUCUUCUGGAGGCCUGGAAGAGGCGCUCGGGAGCGGGCGGCCCCUGUGGAGAGGCGUCUCCCGGGCCACAGCGGGGUGAUCUUCAGCCUGGCGUACCAGCCACGGACCGGGCUGCUGGCCUCUGCCUCCGAUGACCGGAGCGUGCGUGUGUGGAGCGUGGGGGUGCUGGGGGAGCCAGGGGCAUGCGGGGAGCCGGUGUGCCAGCGCGUGCUUUACGGGCACCAGGCGCGAGUCUUCUGCGUGCGGCUGGCACAGGGUGGCGUGUUCAGCGCCGGGGAGGAUGGAGCCUGUCUCAUGUGGGGCGGAGACGGCCGAGUGGAGCGGACCUUCAAGGGGCACCGGGCGGGUGGGGUGAGGGCCCUGGCCGUCAGCCAGGAGCAGCACUGGCUGGCCACCGGGGGAGCGGACGGAGGGGUGAGGCUCUGGAGAGUGAGAGAGGCGGAGUCAGAGAGUGGGCGGAGAGAAGGCAGAGAGGAAGAGGGCGUGGCUGGGUGCGUGGCUGGGGCCGUGGUUGAGGGCGUGGUUGAGGGCGUGGUUGAUCUGGAGUUCAGAGGCCAGGGCGCUCCCAAGGAGGUGUGUCUGGUGGAAGGAGCUGGUGUGUUGGUGUGUACUGAUCAGGGAAAGGUGUACCUCAGGGAGGGCCAGGACUGGACGUGUGUGUGGGAGGGUGCACCGGAGUUCCAGUCCUACUGCGUGAUGGAGGUGGUGUGUGUGCGUGAGGGAGUGUGCGUGUGCGCGGUUGGGAAUCUGAGUGGUGGAGUGUGUGUGUUCCCACUUGCGCACCCAGAGAGGGGCGUGGUUUUGAGAGCCAGCGAGGGGAAGGUGCACUCUCUGCAGUGGGUGUGGCCUGGACAGGGUCAAGACGUGUGCCUAUUGGCCUCGGGGGCGGAGGGGCGUGUCUACCGCUGGCUGAUUGGAGUAGAUGCAGGUGAAGUGGGCGUCGCCCUGUGCAUCAGGCAGCUCCAGCCCUUCUCGCUGCCACCGUGUGCCAAGCGCUGGCUCACGUGUGCCCUCACGCUAACACACGCCCACACACAGCACACGCUCUGGGUGUGUGGAGACAGGAGAGGAUCACUCCUGCUCUACAGGGAAAAGGAGCAGAGUAGAGAGACCCAGGCAGGGGAGGAGAGGAGUCGGCCAAGGAGAGACCAGAGCCAGGGCUCGGCUGCUGAGCUGAACGGAGAUGCCCAGGAAGAGAGGGGGGGAGUGGGGGAGCGAGGCCAUGAGGCUGGGGCAGAAGCCCUGGAGCCAGUGUGUGUGUUGUUUGGGGUCCAUGGGAAACAGGGUGUGACCAGCGUGUGUGAGCGCGAUGGUCUGUGCUACAGCACUGGCCGGGACGGCUUUGUGAGGGUUCUGGUUGUCCACGGCGACACGCUGACUGUGCAGCGGGCCCAGCGGGCAGCCAAAGGUAUGGAGUGGCUGGAGAGGGUUCUCUUCCUGCAGGAGAGCCGUCAGGAGAGGGACAGGAGUGGAGAGGAGGGCCCAGGGGGAGAGGGGCAGGCCGAGGCCAAGGCCAGAGUGCCAGCAGAAGCCAGGUUCGCCCUGGUGGGCUUCUGGUCAGUGAGUUUUGUGGUGUGGGACCCGGUGAGACAGGAGACGCUGCUGUCCGUCCCGUGCGGAGGAGGACAUCGCUCCUGGGGCUACGGACCCCCCGUCCUCUCUGAUCACUGCGUCGGCGGAGGGCAGCUUGUGUUCAUCAAGCAGGGGGCCGUCCUGGCGCACUGCCCGCCGACGCACAGCAGGAGCGUCGCCAUGACGAGUGGCCAGGCCCUGCGCGAGGGCCUCCACGGCCGGGGCGUGGGCUGCCUGUGCCGCCUGGGCAGCCUGGGUCACUGGGAGGUGCUGGUCACCGGCGGCGAGGACACCAGCGUGAGCGUGCUGGCGCUGCACUCUGAGACGGGGGCGACGCGGCUUUUGAGCAGCAUCACUGACCACAUCUCCAGCGUCCGCACCCUCACGGCUCUCCGCAGGGACGCACCGCGCUCCUCCUCCCUCUCCGCCCUGCUCUUCUCUGCAGGGGGGCGGGCACAGCUACAGUGCUACAGGCUCCUGAUUGGCUGGGAGGGAGACGCUCGCCAGCCUACCUGUCAGGUCAGCCAGAUAGCCAGUCACCGAUUGGAUGAACAGUGGGAGCGGAAGAGGAAUCGACACAAGACUGUGAAAAUGGACCCUGAGACCAGGUACAUGGGUAUGGCUGUGGUGCAUGAUGGGCCAGACAGGGUCCUCCUAGCCCUGGCCUGCAGUGAUGGAGCAGUGAGGUUGUUUGGUGGAUCCGAACAUGCAGGCAAGGUGGAGUUGCUCUGGGAGUGUUUUUACCACCAAAGGUGUGUUCUCAGUAUCGCUGCGCAUCACCUGCUGAGCCCUGGAGGCCAACGCUGCGUUGUGGUGCUGAGUGCAGCGACUGAUGGUCAGGUGUGUGUAUGGGACUGGACCUCAGUGUUGGCUCUGGAUGAGGGGCAGAACUGGCAGGGUCCUUCAGAGCCCUGCUUCACUCUGCCCGUUCAUCAGAGUGGAGUUAACGGUUUGUGUGUGUGGGAAGAGCCAGAGGCGGGAUCACAAGACAAUCGCCUCCUCUCAGUGGCCAGCGGUGGAGAUGACGGACAGCUCUCCGUGUUCCUCCUCAAAGCCACGUUCCAUCAGCAUGGAUCGGAAGGUGCCGCGUUGACUCUGGAGCUGCUCUCCCGCUGGUCCGAGCCACUGGCCCACGCCGCGCCCCUCACUGCCCUGUACGCAAUUGACCGCUCUCUGAUCGUGUCCACCUCCCCUGACCAGCGUGUGUGUGUGUGGAGUGUGUGUGAGAGGAGCUCCAGCCUCCGCCCAGCAGGAGCGGCGUUCACCCACACGGCCGACGUGGCCGGUCUGGAGGUGUGGCGGCGGCGUGGAGAGGCCGGCGCUUGGGCAGCGGUGUGCGGUCAGGGCCUGCAGCUGCUGACCAUCACGCCCAGAGGACGAGACGGGCACAGAGAUGGGCAGAUGGACACAGACUCAAGGGAACUGCAGGAGCGCCUGAAGGUGACCUUCAGCAGAAGUGGCACCUCAGAACAGACUGGCAGAGAAGAGCUAUGCAGCCUGUCAGAAGAGAGGCAGGAGAGUGUGUCAACAGAAGAGCUAUGCAGCCUGUCAGAAGAGAGGCAGGAGAGUGUGUCAACAGAAGAGCUAUGCAGCCUGUCAGAAGAGAGGCAGGAGAGUGUGUCAACAGAGACUAUGGCAUGAUUACUGGACAAUCGUGAUUAUUUCUUUUUAAA